UUUAUUCCAAAAGCCUCAAAAUGCAGAGCCACAUCUUAUGUAAGACGUAAGAAUGAUAAAUCGAGUUUUUACUAAUCUAAGUCGAGCAAAAGCGCUUGAUCUUCUCUUUUCAGCCAAAGGCCUCAGAGCACAGCGCCAACUAGAGGUGAAAACUUCUAGCACUCCUAGCGGUCAAAGCUUCAAGAACCACCAGCGAUGUUUGAAAUCGAGUUGCUGUAUUUAAGUAGCAAAGUGUUACUUGCAGUCCUGUGCCUGGCUGGGUUAUUUAAUUUUUCCAUCUUAAAAGAAAAACUUGGUUUCGACAUGACAGAUAAAAAGAAAAAAAUAAUGGACCUUGACAAAACAACAGAAAAUUUCGCUUUGGAAAAAAUUAACGAUGGAAAAGAAAUUAACGAUCUGAAUUUGAUAACCCAGCACCGAUUUGAAUUCAUGCUGUACGUAAACCACUUUAAGUCUUCUGAAAUAAAUGUAGAAGUUGAUGGAGGAGCAGUCAUUGUGAAUGGUCAUCAUGAAGCUCGUACUGAUGCACAUGGAUUUAUCCGUCGAACAUUUUCUCGCAAGUAUAAUUUGCCUGAAGCCGUUGAGCCUGAAAAUUUACUUGCAAUUUUUAAUGAAGACGGCAUCCUCACUAUCCAAACUUACGACGAAAAGGAAUACAAGAAGCAUGAGGAUGAAAAUUGUGAUGAACGAAAAAACCCUUUCGAGACUAAGGAAUUCAAAGAUGGGAAAAUGUUCUCCCAGAAGAAUAAAGCUUUGAAAAACGAUGAAGUGAAAUUCACUGGAGUUCCGCAGCUGCUCCACAAGAGACAAACCGUUGAGGAUCAGGAAACAGAGCAGGCGAAAGUUAAACCCUGCGUUACGGAUCUGGUCUCGAAGACCGAUAAGUCGAAGGAGACUCCCGCCGCGGAUCAGCUGAAAUAAAGACCCCCGCUACGGUUUAUUCUCCGAAGCUCGACGAAGUGAAGAAAGCUUCCUGUGCCGUUAAAGAUCCGAAGUUCGUUGUUGCGAAGCAGACUCCGGCCUCGGGUCUUUCCUCGAAGUCCGUCGUUGCAAAGCAAACUCCAGCUUCGGGUCUUUCCUCAAAGUCAGUCCAAACGAAGCAGACUCCCACCUCGGGUCUUUCCUCGAAAUUCGUCCAAACGAAGCAGACUCCCGCCUCGGGUCUUUCUCAGAAGUCCGUCCAAACGAAGCAGGUUCCUGCUUCUGGUUUUCCUUCGAAGUCCGUCCAAGUGAAGCAGACUGCUACCGCAGGUCAGGCUGAAGUAAAAUCUAUCGCUGCGUUUAAGUCUCCGAAGCUCGUUGACUUGAAGAAGGCUUCUGGCCUGGUUAAGGAGCCGAAGUCUACUGAAGUGAAGGCGGUCGGUGAGGGUCAAGCCUCAAAACCUGGCGAAACGAGGUCCUGCAAGAAGAUCCAGGCCUCGAAGUGUCAUGACGGGAAACCAAGCAGUACGGGUCAGGCUGCUAAGUCCCGUAGGAAGUCCGAUGCGAAGUCACCCAAGUCGGCCACUAGGCCUGAAGAAAGGUGGAAAUUCUAGACCGCGAAGGCCAGGUGAGGAAAAGGCUGUCAACCAGUAGUAAAUGUAAGUCAAGUAAAUGUGUAAGACCCCUAAAAAACCUUGGAUAUUAUAACAUAUCUAACUUAUGAUAGCUAGCUGCUGUUAAUUCUGUUAAUAUUGGGAAAUAACGAAAUCUGCAUUUUCAUGUAAAACAUUUGUUUAUUGAAAUUAAGCGGUUACUGAAUAUUGUUGCUAUUCCCAUUUUUAAUUUCUUCUUUCUUAUAAGUUAAAGUAAUAAAUCGGAUUCUAAAGUCUCUUUG